AUGGAACCGGUACAUGUAUCGACCUCCUCGAAGGUCCUUUUCAAAAAAGUGCGCAAGAUUGUGCCUCCGUUGCUGGAGAAGUUCCACAAGGGUCAACAUGGACGCGUGGCUGUCAUCGGAGGUUCUUUAGACUACACAGGGGCUCCAUACUUCUCUUCAAUGGCAUCAGCUCGAUUAGGUAUGUCAUCAAACCAUGUGAUCUGUGAGAAAUCUGCAGCUACGGUUAUCAAGUCCUACUCCCCGAAUCUGAUGGUACAUCCAUUGCUUCCGAGCACCGACUCGGUUAGCAACCCCGGUAGCAUUGAUGCUCCCGCACUUGCCAGCCCUAUUGUUUCCAUGCUAUCUCGGCUGCAUGCGUUAGUAAUCGGUCCAGGGCUAGGUCGUGAUGGAGUGACUCUCAAAGUGGUCACCGAAGUUAUGAAAGAGGCGCGGUCCCGCUCGAUACCCUUUGUUCUAGACGCUGACGGUCUCCUUCUUGUGACGGAGGAUCCCAACCUGGUCAAAGGCUACAAGGACUGUAUCUUGACACCCAAUGUCAACGAAUUCAGUCGAUUGGCUAAGGCGUUGGGCAUUGAAGUUCCCAGUCAGGCACAGCUUGCAGCCCAGACUGAUGAAGGCGACAAGACCAGCAAAGAAUCGCAGGCUUGCGAGCAACUUUCACAGGCCUUGGGCGGUGUGACAAUUAUCCAGAAAGGACCGCAUGAUGUGAUUUCAAACGGUGUGACGACCCUGAUCUCGGACUUGAAAGGAGGCUUGAAGCGCAGUGGGGGCCAAGGAGAUACACUCACAGGAUCUCUUGGUACACUGCUGGCUUGGAGAGCUGCUUACCAUGACAAAUUAUGGGACUCCGGCGAGCAGGAGAACCCGAAAGAAGCGCAGUCUAAGCAGGAUGUGUUAGCUGAGCUUGAGUCAGAGAACAAGAGAAUGUCCCCGGCGACAACCCUACUACUGGUUGCAUGGGCAGGCAGUGGCAUCACUCGAGAAUGUUCUCGGCGGGCCUUCAAUGCCAAGGGUAGGAGCCUGCAGGCUAGCGAUCUUACCGACGAAGUUCAUGAAAGCUUCUUGGAAUUGAUUGGGGAACCGGAGGCUUCCAGGACCCAUCUGUAG